AUGAGAUCUUUCAUAACGGCUGCAGUCAUCUUUGUUGCCUUGUUCUAUGUGACCUAUUCACGCCAAUUUACUAAAUGUGAAGAAUGGUGUUUGACCGUUUUGGUCCCACAAAAAUUCUUUCGGGCUGAUCUUUUUGAUUGCCAUCCUGGUACGUAUGCAAGAAAUUGUCUCACUUCUGCUAACGAGCUUCUUGGAUUAAUUCCCGAAUUCAGCGAACACGAGUGUCCCUAUCUUAAUUAUUUCAUCGUUUCUGAAGUACAGAGAUACAUUAAAUUUAGAGACUCUCUGCCUCCUGAUGGACAUAGAGGCCACUCUAUCGAAUAUUGCACGCAAUCCGCCUACGAGAAAUACAGAGCUCGCGGUACUACCGAUAUUGAUCGUGAAUUGUAG